ACGCACGAAAGAAGAAAAGUGAAAAGAAGAGUUUUGGAUCAAAAAUUUUCUCCAGCGAUCGGGAUUCCCGGAUUAUCCUGUAUUUAUCUGCAAUCCGUGUGUACUCCGGCGACUUCGGAACUAAAAUGUCCGUCGUGCCGUAGAUUUAAUGGUUAUAGGCAGUGCAGAAGCUUGAGCGUUGUUUAGAUUACCAAGUGAAUACGAGCGUACAACGUAUUUAGCCCUCUACGAGAAAAGUUUUGCCGAUUCGCAAAACGAAAAAGAUCUACCUACCCCUUUGGGCCUUCAAGAAACGGAAAACCCUCCCAGAGGGGACAAAGUAGUUAAGUGAAAGGAAAUUUGGGCUUUUCAAGCAGUUUUCAAAUUUGGUUAUAGCAAAAGACAGUUUUGAGAUUGCACUUAUCAACAAUGGCUCGGAACCAGCAAUUUAAUCAAUUUCUAGGUGCCACUCUGGUCUUAGCCGGAUUGUGGAAUACUGCCAGCAGUUUCUAUCUGCCCGGAUUGGCACCGGUUAACUACUGUAAACAUUCGGAAAAAUCCUGCAAGUCUGAGGUCAUUCUCUACGUCAACCGUUUGAAUACGGAAGAGUCGGUCAUCCCUUACGAGUAUCACCACUUCGAUUUUUGCCCCAUCGAUGAAGCCAACUCGCCGGUGGAAAACCUCGGUCAGGUGGUAUUCGGUGAACGUAUUCGCCCGGGGCCGUACAAGAUCGAUUUUCUGCGUCAGGUCAACUGCGAAAAGGCGUGCACCAAAUUCUACACCGGUGGUGAUCCGGACAGCGACAGACGCUUGAUGAUUUUGAAGAAGGGCAUGAGCUUGAACUAUCAACAUCACUGGAUCGUAGACAACAUGCCAGUAACCUGGUGCUAUCCGCUGGACAAUGAUCGACAGUACUGUAGCACCGGAUUCCCCAUGGGAUGUUUACUGAGAAGACAUCCAGACGGCGAAGAGGGUUGCAUGUUAAAUCCCAGCUACAAUCGGGCAGGAUAUUACUAUCCGUUUAACCACGUGGACUUGACCAUCACCUAUCAUAGCGGCGCAACCGAAGAGUGGGGAGUAGCGUUCAAACAGAACGGCGGAAGGAUUAUUUCGGUUAAAGUAGUACCAUCGUCAAUCAACCACAAGAACCCCGAUCAACCGGAUUGCUCAAGCAAGGAACCGAUAGAAAUAGCAUCCAGUGCUCUUCCGAAUGGUCAGAAGUUGAACAUAACGUACACGUAUUCGGUCAAAUUCGUACAAAAUAACACCAUCAAAUGGUCUUCCCGAUGGGAUUACAUUUUGGAAUCGAUGCCCCAUACCAACAUUCAAUGGUUCAGUAUCUUGAACUCCCUGGUAAUUGUGCUAUUCCUUUCCGGUAUGGUAGCAAUGAUAAUGCUGCGUACUUUGCACAAAGAUAUUGCCCGUUACAAUCAGAUGGAUUCCGGUGAAGAUGCUCAGGAAGAAUUCGGCUGGAAAUUGGUUCACGGAGAUGUUUUCCGACCUCCACGCAAGGGUAUGCUUCUGUCGGUUCUUCUGGGGUCGGGCGUGCAAGUAUUCUGCAUGACUCUGGUUACUUUGGCGUUCGCCUGUCUUGGAUUCCUUUCACCAGCCAACCGUGGAGCUCUGAUGACCUGUGCUAUGGUGCUAUUCGUUCUGCUCGGUACUCCAGCCGGAUAUGUUUCGGCAAGGAUCUACAAGAGCUUUGGAGGCAUCAAGUGGAAGAGUAAUGUUCUGUUAACAUCGAUGCUGAGUCCAGGUAUCGUAUUUGGACUCUUCUUCAUAAUGAACUUAAUCCUAUGGAGUAAAGGAAGUUCUGGUGCGGUACCAUUCUCGACUCUGAUUGCUUUGUUGGCACUGUGGUUCGGAGUUUCGGUUCCACUUACUUUCGUUGGAGCUUACUUUGGGUUUAGAAAGCGGUCUUUGGAGCACCCGGUGCGCACCAAUCAAAUUCCUCGUCAGAUCCCGGAACAAUCGAUCUACACCCAACCUGUUCCCGGCAUCAUCAUGGGCGGCGUACUACCGUUCGGUUGUAUUUUCAUUCAGCUGUUCUUUAUUCUGAACUCGCUUUGGUCCAGCCAAAUGUACUACAUGUUUGGAUUCCUCUUCCUGGUGUUCCUGAUCCUGGUCAUCACCUGCUCGGAAACAACGAUUCUUCUGUGCUAUUUCCAUCUUUGCGCAGAGGACUAUCACUGGUGGUGGCGAUCAUUCCUGACUUCAGGUUUCACAGCGGUUUAUCUGUUCAUUUACUGCUGUCACUAUUUCGCCACAAAACUGCAAAUCGAGGAUGCCGCUUCCACCUUCCUGUACUUUGGUUAUACACUGAUCAUGGUAUUUUUAUUCUUUUUGCUAACUGGCUCCAUUGGUUUCUUCGCCUGUUUCUGGUUUAUUCGCAAAAUUUAUAGCGUUGUCAAAGUGGACUAAGUAGUUUCUCUAUAUAUUUAUGAAAAAAAAAAAAUAUUCUCCUGUCCAUUUUUUCUGUGACGGAUUACUUCUUUUUCUCAAUUUUGAGAUAAUUUAAGAAAGUCUGUAAUCUAUUAUUUAACUCAUCUCCUAUCGAGGACAAAAGUGCGUGACAAAAACGAUAACACUUGAGAAAAUUAA